AUGGCGGAUAGUAGGGAAGCCAGACCCUCGACGGAUGAAGAGACCGCACCUCUCCUGCAGGAUGUGGACCAUCCGGACGGGGAGGGACGUCGGUCUACACAUUCGUCCUUCGCAGCUGUAGUUCAAGAACCACUCACCCCGCUCACGAAAGUGCUGCUUGUCAUUGCCCUAGUCUUCUUGCUGCUCAGCUCCAUCUUUAUUGGUCUCUUUGCGGGAGCACAACACAAGUUGAACACUGGGGGAGGCAGGAAUGAAGCACCAACGACCACGAUUUCCUCUAUCGUUACAACGACUGCUACAGAUACACGGAUUUCUACCUCUACAUCUGUUUCGACCAGUACGAUCGCUAUUCCAGGGCCUCUGCCUACGAGUCCCCCUGAGGAGGGUUCAUGUCUGACCCCUGAGUGCAUCAUGCUGUCCUCUUCAAUUCUGUCCUCACUUGAUACUUCCCAAGACCCAUGCGAGAACUUCUAUGACUUCGCUACCGGGGGUUGGAUCAAGAGCCAUCCUAUUCCGUCGGAUAGGGGCGCGUUCAGCCAUUUCGACGCUCUUGCGCUAGAGAAUAGAUUGCUUAUCCAACAGAUUCUGGAAUCUCAGGUGUCAUACGUAGGAUCAGCUUUGACUGCAACAUACGAUGAACAAAUUCUGAAGAAAUUACGUGGCUUGUAUGCUUCAUGCCUAAACGAAGACCGGGUGAGAGAACUUGGCUCGGGGCCAUUGGCGUCCGUCGCCCGUCGUGUUAGAAAAUUACUUCGCGGAAAGACUACGACCGUAGAUCCGGCAUCUGUUGUGGAUUCGGAAAGCCAGGCUAAAGGUCUUACAGCUGCCGUUGCAUACCUACAUUCCCGGGGCAUUGGUGGUCUUUUUUCGAUCGACAUUGAGGGUGAUGCCGGAGAUGACCCCAAUUUUAUGACCAUUUGGUUCAGCCAGCCUGAUCUUGGGCUUCCUUCGAAGGAAUAUUAUGAGGAAGAAUCUAUCACAGAGCUCUAUCAAUCGGUUUUAGAGCGUUUGCUACUUACACUAGCUGACGAGGAAGAGAACCUCGAUGUUUCGACAAUUCAAGAGCAUGCGGCGUCUGACUUUGUUGUGCAUGAAGAUCGUCUGCGCGUUUGGCCCCCAUGGCCAUGGCCGCCAUGGGGUGGUGACGAGGACGGUGAUCAGGAUAAUCAAGAACCCAUGAGUCCAGAGAAAGCGCGCAAAUUGGCAAAGCAUAUUAUCAAAUUUGAGAAGGCAAUUGCAAAUGUCAGCUUGGACCUUGACAUUCUGUUACAAGACCCGAUCGCCACGUACAACCCGGUCCCUGUCACUAAUCUUACAGCUGCGUUACCACAAAUCGACUUUCCGGCAUAUUUUACAACUUUCACACCCCGCAAUUACCCCAGUAAUGUGAUCCUGACGUCACCGUCGUAUCCAGGAUCUCUUUCCAUCAUUCUCAACGAAACAUCGUUGGAAACACUAGAAGCGUAUUUGGUCACCCGUGCAGGCCUUAAGUUGGCACCUCUACUUAGUUCGGAGACCGAGGCAUGGAAGGCAGUCCGUAGUCUUGAAGAGCAGCUCAAGGGUCUGAAGAAAGGGGCAGUCAGUGACCGCGUAGAAUUUUGCACCACUCAGGUGGAAGAGGCAAUGGGUUUCGCCGCAGGAAGAUACUUCGUGAACGAGACGUUCAGUGGUGACUCGAGAGAAAAAGGGACGAAUAUCAUCAAAGACAUUAUCGAGGCGUUUAAGUCUUCUCUCUCGAACCUCGAGUGGAUGGACAAAAAAAGUGCUAUAGCGGCUGCAGGAAAGGCUGACGCCAUUCGUGUGAAAGUUGGCUUCCCCCUCUCUCCUGACACAAAUGAUGCUCGUUCAAUUGCGAUAUACUACAAUAGGGUCUCAAUCCAUGAUGACACAUUCUUCGACAACAUGCUAAGCGCGAGUGCUAAUAAUGUUUAUCUCACUUGGCAGAAGCUGGGUAAACAGCGUGAUCCGGAGACGUGGGAAAUGUUCCCAUCCACCGUCAAUGCAUAUUUCAAUCCUCCCGCUAACGAGAUCGUUUUCCCGGCAGGUAUUUUGCAGCCGCCGUUCUUCUCUCAUGCUUGGCCAGGCUACAUCUCAUACGGCGCUUUCGGGCAAGUUGCUUCGCAUGAGUUGACACACGCCUUCGAUUCUGCAGGCAGACUGUACAACCAAAAUGGCAAAUUAGAGGAGUGGUGGACGAAUGCCACAAGCGAAGGAUUCCAGUCUAGGCAAGACUGUAUUAUCAAACAAUAUUCUUCAUAUACAAUCGACGAUGGGAAGGGUGGAAAGAUUCAUGUCAAUGGGAAUUUGACGUCUGGCGAAAACAUUGGAGAUACAGGAGUCAUCCAAUCGUACCGCGCCUGGAAGGCCCAAUAUGAUGCUGGUCUGAAGGGCGGUACUGAAUAUCUGCUGCCUGGGCUAAACUACACAAGAGAACAGCUGUUUUUCAUCUCUUUCGGGCGUGCCUGGGCGCAGAAUAUAAAACCAGAAUCGGCUGUUGCACGAGUGCGCACCGAUCCACAUUCACCCAACAGGUACAGAGUAGAUGGUACACUCUAUAAUGUACCAGAAUUUGCGAAGGUAUUCAACUGUCCCGUCAAUGCCAAGUUGAAUCCACCGCAGGACAAGCGGUGUUUGUUCUGGUGA